AAGUGCCGGCUCAUUCAGUAUUUGUUUUAAAUCUAAAUUAAUAUCAUCCAUGAGUAAUUCAUCCACUUUUGCAAUCAGUUCAUUUAUCUUAGUUUCAUCAAUAUUACUCACAUAUAAAAACUGUUUUUCAACAUUCCAUUUACUUGGCCUUACACUUGAUUGUCUUGAUUCCCGUGCUCUUGGUUUACAACAGGCACCGUACUUUGCAUCUUACAUUUGAUUCUUGCAUGUAGUCCACAGUUUACAUCAGACCACAAAGGUUCAUAAUCUAAUACUUUAAAAACUACAACAUACUUCAUGAUCACAGGUGAUCCUAAAAAAUAGUCAAUAGUUGUAUUGUGUGUGGUAGUAGGUUUGCCAAUGCUGCAGUCCUCCCCUAACCUUCCAUUUAGUAUAUAAACUUGGUGAUUCUUACAAACAUCCAACAACUUUUUUCCCAUAUGAAUUCCUAUCUGGGUUUAAGUCCUGGUUUGCUCUAGUCUCAAUUAUUCCAAAAUCAGUUAAACUUACUGACAUAGGGUCCUCAGCAGCCUCAGAAGGAACAUCAGACAUAGUGAGAGUGUGAGCAUUAAAAUCACCACAAAGCACAUGCAAUGCACAUAAUCAUCAUAUGAGUAAGUAAGCAAAAAAUCAUCCAGCUCGUCAUAGUGCUCUUCAUUACCAUAUCUAGAUUUUGAGGGGGGAAUGUAAACACAGCCUAUUACCAGUUCCCUAACAAAAUUUACACUACUUCUAUCAAUCAUAAGUGUUACUAAUAUGCCUCCACUUAAAACUAGCAUUUUUCUUGAUGGCCAUGAGUAAACCCCCAGAUUUAAACCUGCUUAAUUUGCUUCUGUUCUUAAAGACAAUGUCAAAGCCAAUAUUUUCCAUAUUAUUUUUUACAUUAAUCAUAUCAGGAUCAUCACACUUAGUUUCACAUAAACAAAUCACAUCAUAAUCUUUAAUAAAGUUAACAAAAUCCAUAGAUAAAAACAUUGACUUGAUACCACAGACAUUAAGAGACAACACAUUUAUAUAAUCCAGGGAAGGAAGAAACUGAAUAGAGUUAAUAUUAUUUACACUAACACUUUUAUCAUGCCCAAGUAUGUGCUGUGCCCCAGCAGGGCCAUCCUAGGCCCUUGUUAAGUGAUCUAGAUUUAACCUUUUCCAAUCAGGAGCAGAAAUACUAACCUUUUCUAAGUCAUCAGGACAGUUUAUAACAACAGGUGUACCCCCACUGUGCAACCGUGCAAGAAUGCUGCCCUCCCUUGUGGGCACAUUUUUCACUGUUUCUUGCUCCUUAACCAUAUUCAACAUUUUAGCCCUUAAGGAGGUCAUGUCAUCAUUUAUAUGCACUUUUCUUUGCCUACCUUUCAGUUUUUUUCUUAUUUUGCAUAAUUUAAUUUCUUUUCUUACGGUGGCAAAACCUCACAAUUACUGGCCUACCUCCUUCCCUGAGCCUCCCCAAACGGUGAACAACAGAAAUGUCAUCCUGCUCAAUUUUCACUCCAAUAGUAUCAGCAAGUUCUAUGACUUUAGCUUCCAGCACCUCCUCACUUUCGUCUUCUUCUUCCUCUCAUCCAGAAAUACGUAGAAGGCCGGCCGUCAGAGAGCCUGCGCACCAAGACAGCUGGAUUGUGGGUGAGGACAGAGUAUCCGAAAGGGUGGAGGGGGGCUGGCCAGUGUGAUAGGGGGCCUCACACCCUCCACCCAUUACCUGGUGCAGGUGACUGCUUACAACUCUGCUAGGAGCUACUCCAGGGCUACUCUACCACCAUCCCCCUUCCUGGAGGCCCCUCCUCCCCUGGGUUAGUGAUGCCCGGGGUGGCCACGACAGAUGUGAGGGUCCUGCUCCCCAUGGUUGCCUCCUGCCUCGCCCUGCUGGCCGCUCUUGUCACUGUUUGUGUUUGUGUCAGGAAGAAGCCCCCCCUGCCCCUCCAGCAGGUGUCCAGGGAUGGGAACAAAGUAGGUGUGCAGGAGAACAAGGAUAACCACAAACACAGGGAGCAGUUUUAUGCCACAGUGUGCAAGAUGUCACCCCACAGGGACCCCACUGCUGUUGACCGAAUCCCUGGUAAGCAAGAGAACUCAUCCUUCAGGCCACGCUGGGUUCCUAACGACAGGUGAGGUGGAGCAGGCGGCCUCCUCCAUGCGCGAUGGAGGGCUGUCACUCACUGCCAGAUGUGUCGUCAGUAUUGAUGUCUUUCUCGUGACAUCCCGCCCGUGAGGCACUGAACAGAGGGCGUUUUUAUUAAAAACUCUACAGUAUAAAUACCAGAACUAAUACUUGAACAACUCUCAGACUGCUGGUGUGGAUCAUGUAUACGAUUGUCUACACCAAAUUUUCAGAUUGGACACCUGAAUCCUUAUCACUCACCUUGCUGAGAAAUAAGAUAAAUAGUAAUUAAAUAAACAAGUAAAUUGCAUACAAUCUGAAAAAUAAAUUUCCUAACAAUGGUCAGUAAAGUAUUUAGUAGCAAUCACAGCACAAAAUUUACACCAUGGCAACUCUUCUAAGUUG